AUGAAUCGUGGACCAUCACUCAAAAACUUCGAACCCGGAUACAAGCUGCUGAAAUGGGCUUUCUUAGAGGAGUCGCUGGCCUUGCGCGUCUCGACAUGGUCCGGAAUAGACAUCCGGAAGAACCUUGGAAUACAGCCUUUGCUUCUCCAGAUUGAGAAGUCACAGCUGCGAUGGCUUGGGCUUCUGCUGAAAUGGGCCUUCUUAAACGGGUCGCUGGCCUUACGCGUCUCGACAUGGUCCGGAAUAGUGACAUUCGGAAGAGCCUUGGAAUACAGCCUUUGCUUCUCGAGAUUGAGAAGUCACAGCUGCGAUGGCUUGGGCAUGUGUUGCGAAUGCUAUUAG